GUAUCUAUUCUGCGACGUUCGCGGCGGGCUGAUUGACUUGUUGACUUGAGUCCCGGCGCUAUGGCCUCCGGGGUGGCUGCGGGGCGACAGGCCGAAGAUGCGUUACCGACGGGGUCCGAACCUCCGCUGCCAGAAUCAAAGCCAUUGCCGCCUCCUCAGCCACCACCGCCAGUGGCGGCUCCCCAGCCACAACAGUCCCCGGCGCCGCAGCCCCAGUCAUCCGCCGGCGUGAAGGAGGAGGAGAACCACUCCUUUUUACCUUUAGUCCACAACGUCAUCAAAUGCAUGGACAAGGACAGCCCAGAUGUCCACCAGGACCUGAACGCCCUGAAAACCAAGUUUCAGGAGAUGCGGAAGCUCAUCAGCACCAUGCCGGGUAUCCACCUGAGCCCCGAGCAGCAGCAACAGCAGCUGCACAGCCUCAGAGAGCAGGUCAGGACCAAGAAUGAACUGCUACAGAAGUACAAGAGCCUCUGCAUGUUCGAGAUCCCCAAGGAAUAGAGGGAGACUAUCUUCCAGGAAUACCCAAAACAUGGGAGGCGAACGGUCUGCCCUGUAUAGGCCCUCCUUGUGCAGCAGCUAAUGACCGCAGCUCAGAACCACAUAGAUGAGUGCGGCUUGUGGAGAGCCUCGAAGCUGAAAUUAGCCUCGUCUGUGCAGAGUACCCACCUCGAGCUUGUACUUAUCCAUAUGUCUGCUGCUGGAGUGAAAACGUUCCUGAGGCUGGAGGUGGGGGGUGAGGGGGACUGCUGGAGAGGGGCCACCUGCUGUGCCUGGGCCCUACUGGCAGAUCAGAACACAGUAGGAGAAGAGGCUGCUCCCUCUUCCUGCCUCAGCUCCUCCCACUGAUAAGAUCCAUGUGCUAGGUACAUACUGUUCCCUAAGCAGCAAUUUCAUGAACAUUUGCAUAGAAUUCACUGGGUGAAUUAGGCCUGUACUCAUAUGGCAUAGAUUUAAUUUGAUUAAAGAAGCCUGUGAGAGAAUGAACAUUGUUUUGAAAAACCAGAGGAUGGGUAUACCCCCCCCCCCCGCAAAAAAACAAAACAGUUUGGUUUCUUUUAUGUUUGAGCCAAUGAAUAGAACUGUAUCCAUGGGGGUGUCGGCCCAGAAUUCCGCCACACAGACACUGACACCAGGCUCUGUCCUUCCACAUUUGACUCUUGCUUCCUUUGUGUGUAUACACAGAUACACACAUGCACACACACCCCUUACCUGUGAUUAGUGCCCACCAAUAACCAAACCAAUCUACACCUGCAGCACUUCUCUGGGGUGGAGAGGACUUAUCCUUUCUACACAGGCUCAGGUAGUCUUUUAGACAAGCAGCUUGCUCUGUUGUUUUUACUGGCCUAGCUUAAACCAUCAUCCCCUGUAGCUUGCCCACCAGAGUCAGCCACAUUUGCUGCCCUGCAAACAAAUGGGUGGCUGAAAGUGACAGUGGGUUAGUCCCUCAGCCAGCAGUGACUGGGUGCUUCUGGACCUGUUCUGAAGAGGGAUGAGUUGGGUCUAGGAGUUCUGGCCAGGGCCCAGCCCCAUUGCUGUCCAGGUAGGCCUGUGACUGUCAGACUGAGAAGAGAGCAGUUCUUUCCCUGCAAGGUGAGAAGUAACCAAAUAGUGUUUGGAUCUAGAAAUGGGCACACACCCUGUGCUGACCAGUUCAGGGGCUUAGCAGGUGCCUGCCACUGACCUUGUUGGCAGGAGUGCUGGCUGAAGAUGUUUUUAGCAGGGGUUCUCCAAUGGCAUUAACCUGUAGCCUGCUGUCAGAAGGCGAUUAUUUGCACAUUGGGAUUGGGGUCUGCGUGUGUGUGUGUGUGUGUGUGUGUGUGUGUGUGUGUGUGUAGGAAAUAAUCAGGUUUCAGUGGCGUUAGCCAGAACAAAUGCAAUUUAGACAGUCCUACAGCUCUUCGUUGGGACUAUUACUUAACUGAAUCAGUUAUUUUCUUGAAGUUUCAUUCCAAGUAGUGGGUGGGCCAGUUGUAAGGCUUAUACCAAAUACCAUGAAGCACACAGAGGUACAAGAACUUCAGGUUCAUUCUGCAAGGCUGGAAUGAGAAGCCUUCCUCACAGGACUAGAGGGAGAGGCAGCCUUCCAAUAUUCUAGUGUUUUCACUUGUGACAUUUUAAAAAAAUGUAUAAUUAAAAGAGCAUAGGCUCUGC